CUCAGGCCAGAGGCUAUCGAUACGUACGGUAACAUUAGCCGUUGCCUUCUUCACAGACGGUUUUUCGGGAGGGUUUGACGAGUUCUAAACGAAUUUUCUUUUAACUGAUUAAGUCCUGCGUCGACGAUACUCCAUUCCGCAAGCGUUGUCCUAUUUCGAAGGUGAGAUUUUGAAAAUUCAUCACUUGUACACAAAUCUUAUCUUCUCGGGAACUUCCUUUGGGUUGACAAGUCCAACUUGAGCGUGUUAAAAAAUCAAAAAUAUUGGGUUUUUACUAGCUACUUAUGAGCGCUGUUAGCACACUAGAUCAGAUGAAGAAACUGGUCGUUUCGUAACCUGUUUUCAAGCUCUAACACAGGGUCUCUCGAGCGACAGCUGCAGCGACCCUGGCUGCACGUCAUUGUUGGCCGACGGGAUACUUCGACAGCUAAGCGAAGUUUAUACGAUGAUCUUGGGCAAUAGCGUUGUAUUUAGCAUGUAUUUCAAUCUUCAUUUCUGCCAAAGAAUAACAAUACGGAUAUUUACACUUUCAUAAUUAUUGUAGAAAAACAAAAUGGGGCACACGAUUUGCAGAACUAAACUUCUGUAGUCUGUACUGAAAAUGGAGGAAUAGGAUUGUUAAAACUCUGGAUACGGGAAAUGGGAACGCGCUGUUGAGAGGAACUCAAACGUCCAAAAACGGCAGGCGAGGAUCCACUCCGGUUUCUACUGUUUUACGGAAAUCGGUCAGAUUUUCAAUUUUUUAUUUUCUGGAUAAUGGUUUGUAUAAUACUUUUUCCAAUUUCCGUGCAUAAGAAAUAAUAAUAAUAAUAGCCGAUUUGUAAGGCUUCAUCCGAGGCCAGAAUGGAACUGGCCAACAUCCUGUCUGAAUGUCUCAGAAACCCAGGAAGUUGAAAUCCAAACAAAUUUCCCAUGGAGGCAUGCCCUCCGCCCCUUUUGGCGCUCGUUUAGGAAAUCGGCCAGUCUUUAUCCUAUAGAUCUGCGCCUAAAGGGUAUCGUACCUCCUGUGGCGUAUUUAAACUUUCCUCUUUGGACUUACUUAUUUUCUGUGUUUUUUUCUUUUCUUUUCUAUAUUUCCUUUUCGGAACAUUGCAGAUUACGAGGACAAUGCUUACGCAAUCGUCACUUUUCCGCAAGCUUGGCAAGGUAGUUUUGCCAGUGUUUCUGCGAAAAAAACAUGACUACUUUCCACGUACACUGAAACUACACAAUGGCAAGAAGGUAAGGAACAUAUAUCAGUACUGAACUCUUAAUCUCAGAAACUCCUUGGACUUGCAAGACGAGGAGAAUGGAUUUCAGCUACCUUUUUUUGGGAUCUUUCAUUUUAAAAUGUUAUGCAUGCCUUAAAUUUAAUACCGAGAAUGUUCAAUAGCGUUGCCAUAACAGGUCAUAACAACAAAGUUUGGAUACAGGGGUAACCUGUAACCAAAUUGCAACCUCGUCCCAAGCCUCGUCCCUAGGGUCGUCUCAAUUUCCAAUACGGUGAAGUUCCUGGAGACGAAUGUUUAUAACGAAAACAGAAAAGAUCAGCCUUGCAUUUAGUUUUUAAACUAAAGAUCGGGCCCUUACAUUUACAAUAUAUUUAUGCCCUUCAUUCAAUAUGUUGUAGACAGACUGCAAAUUAUAUUAGUCGCUAAAAAAUAUAUAUCUACGUGUCGCAACUGUUAAUCAGUAGGAUGCCUAAAAUGCGUGCAAUUCCACAAUUGGUUUCGGCUCCAUUAAAUCCUAUACCAAUUGCAGAACAUUUUAGGAGGAGCCACCCACCAUGUGAGCACAGUCACAGACAACACAUAUAAGUGAGAAAAUAAGGCAAAGUCGACAUAGGACCACCUCAUAGUUUGUCAAGGAAAUUUGGUGAUGAAGAAACAACCCCACUGUUUGUAUAUCUGUACGUUACCAAUCUACAUUUUAUUCUUCAACUGAGUUGUUGUUUUUGUUGUUUUCCUCAGUGCAGGCAACUGUUUUCAUCCAAUGAAAUGGAUCGGCGACUGAACAGAAUCCGCAGUCACAUGGAACAGGAAGGCAUUGACGCAUGCGUGUUUACAUCAUACUACAACGUGUACUAUUUUAGCGAUUUCCUUUAUUGUUCGAUGGGAAGACAAUACUGUUUAAUCGUUACUGACGAAACGAGCAUCACCAUUACUCCAUGUAAGUACGUACCCAUUGAGGGAUGAUUGGAAGAGAAGAUCCGUGUAUUUCGUUUUCCCUUUCUUCUCUUUUUUAAUCCAUCCAUCAUUCCGUCUGUCCGCCCAUCCAUCAGAUAGUCACUCUGGAAAGCUUACUUAUAAGAUCCAAUAAGUCGGUGUGUUGGAUAUUCAGAAAAUAUAAAGUAAGGCGGAGUAUGACCUGAGAAUUAUGCAGAUCAAGGAGGGAUUUAUCAGACAGUUGAGCUAACACAAACUCGUCCCCAAGGUAUCGGUUUUGGUUGCCGUCCCUUUCUUUGGUGAUAGCAUGUACUAUUGACGUCACUUUACCAGAUAUUGCAAACGUUGUUAUGAAGAAUUAGUUGGGGGAUUUACGCCAAUCAGAAACAGAGAAAUAGUUUGAAUUAAUAAUAAUGUCAAAUAAUUAAUGAUUGGCUGGUCUUUCGUUCUUGACAGCCGUCGACUAUGGAUAUCCAUGGCGACGAACAAGCGGGGAUAAUAUCAGCUAUACUAACUGGCAAAAAGAUAAUUUCUACCACGCAGUUCAACAACAGGUAAAUAGGGAUAAAAUACAGAGAAAUAAGAGGUCAUGUAGAAAGGAAUGGUAAGUCUUGUUUUAGCCUGCAUAGCAAGCGUUUCCUCGCGAGGUUCGUCUAGAAAACUGGGACAAGAGCAAAAAAAAAAUGACGGGGGAGGGGGAGGGGACCCUCCCUCUUCAACCUUUUUUUUGGUUCCGCUCUAACUUUCGCGCAAUAACUCGAUUGGAAACGCUUGCUACGCAGGCUAGUCUUGUUUAGGAGUUUUGGGAAUUGUAAAUCUUCCAGUUUCGAUUUCUAAGUAAGGGGCUAUGAUUUCCUAUCCUUGAAUUGAGAGGCGAUACGUUUAUGUUCAAGAUUCCUGAUAUGCUUGAUGAAUUCAGAGUACUUUGCUACAUUUUUAGAGAUGGAGUAUAAUUUUAGUUUUUUAUGAGUGAGGCUGCAUGGAGGUGACCUGACCUUAAAUUAGUAAAUCCUCCCGGCUACUUUUAUGGAAAUUAUAUUGAAAAAAUACUAGUUACUAUAAAAACAUAAUUUACACUAGAAAGCAGAAAGGGGAUACGUUGUAUCAAAAUAAUAGCCUAGCUGUACACAGAACUCAAUACAGGGCUGGCACUACGGCAAAGGGCUGAUUUAUUAUAGGCCAAUAUUUCCGCUAACAAAAUUAGCCUUCCUCAGGGCCAGAGCUAUACCAAGAGAACGUAUCUUUUAACGGCCCCUAAAAUUUGAAUUGAAAAUUCGCAUAAUUGGUUAACAAUUAACUACUAGUAUAAUUAAAUACUAGAUAGAACAAAAUACAGGUAAAUGAUUAUACAAUAAAAAUAGAAAUAGAAACAGUUCAAUGUUCAUUCCUUCGGUUCAGACCGUCUGGUGACACGGUUUUGCCUCCAUCUAUGAGGUACGCUUCUCUCUGUACACAGACCCCCAUUUCCUCUCUAGAGAUCGUUGAGCGUUCGUAAAAAAAUAAAAAUCGCGGGGGAUUUAUUCAGUGCUUUUUGGAAAAAAAAAGGGAAAGACAGAGAGAAAAGCGUCUGUAGACAGGCUAUCAAAACAACGUCUCUCCCAGAUUUCCUUCCACCGACAACAGUGAACUAGGUUUUUACUAAAAGGAACCUUUUUUUGCUAAUUUAUGUUUUUUCCGUCAUUUCCUAAACAUUUGGGUCGAGUGGGCGAUCGGAAAUAGACUGCGACCAGUCUCUUAUUUUCUUUAAAGUCGCUGGGGUAGGACGCGCGAGCCACGAGCCACGAGCCGCGAGCCACGAGCCGCGAGCCGCGAGCCGCGAGCCGCGAGCCGCGAGCCGCGAGCCGCGAGCCGCGAGCCGCGAGCCGCGAGCCGCGAGCCGCGAGCCGCGAGCCGCGAGCCGCGAGCCGCGAGAGACGAGGGCGUAAGCCCGAGAGGGAAGUCCCUUUUUGGCUUAAAGCUUAGCUAAGCUUUUUCCGUGCCAAACGCACCCUGUCUGAGAACUCGACGCUUAAAAAGGCGUACUGCUCGCAGUCUAGAUCAGAAACGAAGCACUUUAUAGGUCUGUCUUAAGCUGCUCCACUCCGAGACUCUAUCGUCUUUGAUGAAUGAAAUGUUUAAAUCCCCAGCUUAAAUCUACAAAAACCGUUGGUUUAGAGUUCCCUGAUGCAGGAGCAUUCCUCAAAGACUUCUCUGAUGCUCUACCGCAAGCCAAGCUAGUCGACGUCGCGGAUGCUGUGAUGCAUAUACGUCGAAUUAAAUCCCCGGAAGAAAUUGAAAUAAUCCGCCAAGGAUCUCGGAUAGCUGAACUUGGGGCAUACGCUGCGAUAAACACGAUUCAUGAGGGUGUGCCAGAGUAUGAGGUCACUCUUUCUGCAACCAACACCAUGGUACGCGAAAUAGCUAAGGCAUAUCCGCACGUUGAUAUCAGGGAUGGUGAGUUGUUUAUUAGUUUUACACUCUUUAUUUCUUAUUUCCCAGGUGAAGGGUUCCCCCCACCCCUGUCACAGGCAAAAAGUGUAAUAAUAGGGAGUUUAAGCACCAUCAACGACAACAACAACGACAGCCAAAAAGCAAUAGGUUUCGAUUAGCAAAACUAAGCUUUGUACGUGCAUCACCCAUUUUUGUACAUUUGUUUUACCGCACUACCACGACGUGAAGAAAUGAAACUGCUUAAUUCGUUGAGAAUGUGAACACAAGAAAACGAAUGUCUUUUACUUCUCUUUUAAAUCUUAGAUGCUUUAGAAUUCAAAUACGGAAAAAUUCACCACCAUUUGACAAAUUGAACGACAUGUGAUAGGAGCGAUAAAUAAACAGUGAUAAACAGUGAUAGGAGCGGUAAACAGUGUAAAUUUACAUUUUAGCGACGUUUUCCCCUCCGUCGACGUCGUCGUUGCCUAAGCUCUCUGACGAUACAACGAUGACGACGAUGAUGAUGAUGGUGACGUCAUGGGAACGAUUUGCAUCACGUGACCAAGAUAUUUGACACUCCCAGAAAAUGUAAGGCCCCAUCAGAAAAGUUAUGGAGGGGGAAGGGGAAUUUUUGAGUCGCAGAAAUUUUUUUCGUUAUCAAAUUCCUUGUAUGAAUUUUUUUAGGCCAUAGCAUGAAUAUUGUUUAGGGUUAAUUGGCGUGCAUUUAAUUUUCCCUCGUGCGAAUAUUUUUUUUGUACUUCGCCCGCCCCACCACAUAAGUUUUCUAAUGGUCCGUCUCUAAUCAAGGGGCUUUCGUGGGAUUACAAAACAAGUAUUGAUGCUUUGACCUCCAAGUGAGUUAUUAGUUAACAGUUAGGGUUAGGAGUGGCCUCCGGCUGGGGUUUGCGUUUCAAAAAGUCACGUGACAAGCACUUCCAUCCACACUCCAACACUCUUGGGUGACAAGUUAUACGCUGUUGUGUAUGUGGAAUUAAGAAUAUUUCCAACUUAGUCUUUAAUUUCAAAAUUCGCCAUCCCUUUACUUAGUGUUUUGUGCUUUAGCUUAACAUGGAGCUCUGCGGGGCUUGUAACAACUAGUUUCCCUAUCUAAGUCCCUGUCUUUUGCUUCGGUUGACACGAAACUUUUCAAUAUUACUCUUACUGUAAAUUAUGGUUAGUUUGUAGAGUUUGCUGUAAUUAUCAAAAUGUCAACUGGCCUAUAGUGCUUCGACUCGAUCUAAGUCGGGUAGAAUCAAUACCUUACGUCGGAUUUAGGUGGUAAGCGGUUUGGUUUGGGCGUUUUAGCUGAUUUUACAGCAAGUAUGGUGUGUAUUAAGUUCCGUUUAAGUUGAAAACAGAGUGAGAUCUGGGUACGAGAUUGGUUGUUUUGAAGUUGUUUAUCUGGGACCUUGAAAGGUAAAUAGUCUUUCUGGCUAAAUAGUAUUGAGAGCCGUUUUUAUGAAUAAGGAAUUAGACCUAUAACUUGACACGAAAUUUAUUGUCUGUUUGCCCUUUUUUUAGUUUGGAGUUGGUUUCAGUCGGGUGUAAACACAGAUGGAGCCCAUAACUUUCCAACAACUCGCCAAGUGCAAAAAGGAGAUAUUCUCAGUGUUAAUUGCUUUCCUAUGAUAGUAGGGUUAGUAUGAUUAUUUGUUAAACACCUCGCCAGAUGAGAAUGUUUAAAACUCCUUAUAUUUUUAUAUUAUGAAUUCCCUCCUUAAAAUGCUACCAUGUUCUUGUGUGCUUACGUGUAACCGAACACUUGAAAUGGUUGCAAGUUUUCAUUCUUGGAUUCUUGCAAAUUUAAUCCUCGUCAAAUCAACGAAGAACACCUGCUUACCGCGUUGACUGGUAUUUUUCCUUCGUUUCAAACAGUAACUACUCCGCCUUAGAACGCACUCUAUUCUACCAUCACGUGCCUUCAGAUCGCCACAUGGAACUAUGGGAAGUCAACAAUAAGGUCCAUAAGAAGGGACUAGAGAUAGUCAAACCAGGCAUGCGCUGUAGCGAUGUUGCAAGAGAGCUAAAUGAGAUCUACAUGGAACACGAUAUGCUGCAGUACCGUGUCAUUGGUUAUGGUCAUUCCACGGGUGUUCUUACUCAUUACUACGGGAGGGACUGGGAUCUAGAGUUUCUGGAACACGUGGACACUGUAUUAAAGCCCGGCAUGGUCAUCACCAUGGAACCCAUGAUAGUGGUUCCCGAGGGACAACCCGGAGCGGGCGGGUACAGGGAUCAUGAUACGCUGAUAAUCACGGAAAAUGGAACUGAAAAUACAACUGCUUCGUUUCCUAUUGGUCCAGAGCAGAAUGUUGUCAAAGACUGAUGUCAUUCGCAAUAGAGACUAGUCUAGACGGUCUCAAAAGGGUUAACCGUCAGCCGUAAAACGGC